CCGCAUCCGUAUUACACUUACCAGCCACAAUGUGAAAUCUCUGGAAAAGGUCUGCACUCAUUUGAUCGGCUGAGCCAAGGAAAAGAUCUUGAAGGUGAAGGGACCUGUGCGCAUGCCCACCAAGAUUGUGAAUUACUACAAGAAAAAACCCUUAUUAUAAAGGGACCCAAGACAUGGGAUAGAGUCCAGAUGAGGAUCCACAAGCACCUGAUUGAUCUGCACAUUCCUUCUGAUAUUGUGAAGUAA